UAGAGUGGCAGCGAUCCAAUCAUGAAGCCGGGAGACGAUUCAAGCGGCAAAACGGUGACGUUUAGGGCGGUGAGCCGGGACGAGGAAGGGAGCAAGCGCGUGACCAAGUACGAGGUGGAGCCCCAAAACGCGGACACGCUGAAACACAUCCAGAAGAAGCUGAUGGACAAAGGGGUCCACCGGCAAGACCGGGAUCCGGUGAACGGAAUACCGCUUAACAAGCAGGCGGCGAAGGCCGGCCACGGCGGGAAGUUCACGUGGGAAGGGCCGGCGGACGAGGCGGAGGUGCAGCCGGAGGACUACGUGGCGGCGGCAAUUGACGAGAAUGACCCCAACUACGUGGACGAGGAGGCGGAGAGGAGCGGCGUGGAGGAGGAGCUCGUGGUGGAAGGGGGAGUCGACGUGCCGAAGGUGGCGGCGCAAGGGGUUGCUAGAGUGGAUGUGCACCCGCAACUCCGCCGCAUUGAGGCUUAGCUUUAAAACUGUCUUUUGUUUGUUUUGGGUGUUAUAUAUAGUCCUUUCCUAUUCUGCCUUAAUUUACCAGUUUAAUGUUUUAUGUUAAUAGACAAUUUCAAAAAAGAAUAAGAGAACAACAUGUUGGGGAUGUAGCUCAGAUGGUAGAGCGCUCGCUUAGCAUGCGAGAGGUACGGGGAUCGAUACCCCGCAUCUCCAUUUUUUUUAUGACUCUCAAUGCCCAAUGUGUAAAUAUCAUCCCAGCCCAAUUUAAGAAAAAGAUUAAGCCCAA